AUGAAGCAAGAAGGAAACGAAGCUGUGGUAGAGCAUGCGCGCUCCUCAGUUGAGGUCUUCUCUGCCCCUCCUGAGCUCGAUAGGCAUUCAACAGGAGAAGACUCAGUCGCUGCGGAAGACAAGAAAGAGCCCAUUCUCAUCACAUGGGAUGGACCGAACGACCCCCGUAGCCCCAAGAAUUGGCCUUCAAAGAAGAAAUGGGCAGCAGUAUUCUGUGUCUCAUUCUACACCCUCCUCUCGCCAGUGUCCUCAUCCAUGGUCGCGCCCGCCCUGGAAGCGAUAGCCCACGAGCUUACCAUCCCUUCCGCCUUUGAACAGAUCCUCGUCCUCUCCAUCUUCGUCCUCGCCUACGCCCUCGGGCCCCUCAUCUGGGGCCCUCUCUCCGAGCUGUACGGCCGCAUCAUCAUCCUCCAGCUCACAACCCUGCUCUACAUGGCUUUCAACCUCGGCUGCGGCCUCGCCACCACAAAAGCCUAA